AUGAGUGGGUUGUGUAACCUGGAUUUGCUAAAUACUCACACACUAAAAAUGUCAAGUCUUUCUAAAAUGCUUUUUCAAGAUGAGUUAAGGAAUUCUUAUUCCAGAAAACUACUUUUCCAUACGUACACAGUCCAACAAUCGGCGCCGAUGACAAUAACACCAACUUCAUCACCAUCAAGUCCGUCUUUGUCUCAUCACAAAUUUGAUGUAAAUGUGGUAUUGGUUCUAUCGGUGCUUGUGUGCGCUAUAAUAUGUUCCCUUGUGUUGAACUCCAUCCUAAGGUGUGUAUUAAGAUGUACGAGGUUAGUUGGGUCAGAAACUAUUGCUAGUCCACAAGCCACCUCGGCUAGAUCAGCCACAGGCGGAAUCAAGAAGAAAGCGAUACAGACUUUCCCAGUGGUCAACUAUUGGCAUGGGUUGCAGUUACCAGGGUUAAGUAACGAAUGUGCUAUAUGCCUAGGUGAUUUCGCGAAAGGAGAGCAAAUUAGGAUACUACCCAAAUGCAAUCAUGGAUAUCAUGUUCGUUGCAUUGAUAAAUGGCUUAGCUCACAUUCGUCGUGUCCAACUUGUAGGCAAUCGCUAAGUGGUAUAUGCGAAAAGAUUCUAACCGGAGGGAACUAUAGUAGUACAACAUCUUCACAAUCGGAAGAGCAAAGUGCAAGUAAUACUUUGACCAUAAGCGUAUCACCUUUACCACACGAAGAUUUUUUACGAAAUUAGUAGUAGCAAUUAUUUCUUUUAAAUAGCUGGAAAAUCAAAUGUAAAUAGCUGUAAGUUCAUAUAUGUAUUUUAGUCCU